AUGGCUCUAAAUUUUGUUGGUGGUAUACCUUUUCAACUUCUGUAUGAUGGGGUUAAGCUGGGGAUUCGCAAAUCUAGGAAGUUUAGAAUCCAGCUCCAAAACCUUCAAAUAACGCUUGAUGGUUUACAACCUUACAUCAUCCAAGGGAUAGAAGAUAAUAAUGUUCGACUUAAUCUCCCAACCGAGAUAAUACAAAGCCUCAGAACAAAAAUGUUGGAGGGUAAAGAGCUGGUGGAUAUGGUGUUGAAGCUUAGCAUGUGGAACAUCCGCAUCUGGGGCAACUGCUAUAAUUGUUUAGGGCCUGAUUGGGCAGAACAACUAAGUGAGUUGGAUAGAUCUCUUAGAGUACUGAUAGCCCAACUAGAAAUGGAGGCAAAGAAAAACAUCACCGAUCUCGGUAGUGGCUUCCAGCUGUCAAGCAAGUUGUGGCUUCUCUCUGCUUAUGUGGCUUUUCCUUCAGAUAUUUUCUUUUUAUGCUGGUUUGUGCCACUUCAUCUGUUGCCAAUUGGUUUGGCAAGCAAUAGGGAGAAUUGCUUACAGCCACUGACAGAAGAGAUAGCUAAAUACAACAGGAUAUUGCAUCUUCCAAAGGAAGAAGUGAAAAAUCUUAUUAAACAAUUAAAGAAUGGUGCGGAACUCGUUCGCAAAUGCUCCAAGAUUCGCAAGCGGGCCAAUUACAAAAAGAACGAGCACAUCACCAAAAUUCUGAGUUUGAACAACUCUCUUCAAAGGCUCAUCAUUCGACUCAAAGUGCAAGUGGAAAAGAGUGUGAAGGAGACUUCGGAUUCAGCAGACAAAAUAGAGGCGGUGAUCAAGAACAUUGAAGCUGGAGGUGUAGAACAAAUUGAUGAUCUUGGAGGUAAAGGUCACAGUCCAGUAGAACCUGGAUCACCUGCUGUUAUACGGGACGUACCACAAGUCAACAUGGAGGUUUCAAGGGAUGUGAUUAAGGAGGCAUUGGUGGAUUCAGCAAAGAUUCUUAUAGAUCAGAAGGGGGUGAAGUCCAAUGAACGGAGUGAUGUGGUACAAGAUCAAAUGGAAACUGCAGCUGGAUUAGAUGUACUGAGUUUGCAGGGAUCGACGGAUGUGGAGACAUUGUGUUCAACUCUUGUUGAUUCAGCAUUAAAGUGUGCAACAAAUAUAGACAAGAUGGCAGUCGACAAAAAUGAAGGAAGUGGUAGUCCAAUUGAAAUUGCAGUAGCUGCUGAAACUGAACCUCCUUCCCCUACAGUUCGGGAUGUGCCGAGGAAUGUUAAAAAGGUAACAGCUGAACCUCAUUGUUCAUCGCCAGCAGUUGGGAUGAGAUUGGGUUCGACAAACAGGACAAAGGUCAAACAACCCGAUAAGGAAGAGGAAGCAGUGUUAGAGCAUCUCAAAUCGAGAGCGAAUGCUAUGAUGACACUUCUGAAGAAAUGGUUUGGUAGGAACAAUAGCUGUGGGAAAAGAAAGAAGGGAAAUGUCGUUCUCUGGAUAAUACCUUCCAAUUGUAACAAGGAAAGCAAAGUGUCGACAUUUUGUUCAUGUAUCAAACCAUUUCAGAAACACAGUGAGGAAACAGAAAUGAUCAUGCAAGUGCCUUUUCCGUACGAAUGCAUUGACAACAUCAUCUCACUGACCACUCCUGUGGAAUUGUGGAUUCACCGGAUUGCAUGCACUGAACUUGCAGGGAACGAUGGAUAUGGAUACAAUUACCAGCAAUAA